CCCUAUUGGCAUUAAUGAAUAAUAAUCCAGACAUUUUUAAUAAUGCUAGGGAUCAAACUUCAUAUUUAGAAAUUCCCAAAGAUGAGUUAUUAUUUUUACCAGCAGAAAGGCCUAUUCAUCCCAAGCCUAUAGUAAAUAUACUGAUUCUUAGAAAAAAGUCAACUGGAAUGAAAACAACUGACUUAAUUGAUCUUGAAGAAGGAGAGAGUACUAAAGAUCCAGAUGUAGAAAUAGAAGAAGUUCAUGAAGAUCAUGAAGGACCUGUUGCAAGUCUUAUUUCAGCGCAAGAGGAAGACAACCGAUCUAUAUCAGAUCUAUUUGAUUAUUACUAUGAAAAAAGAAGCUGCUCCAAUAUUAAAUAUAAUAUAGGCGAAAUAGAAGACGACCAAAGAAAGCAGUUGUUGGAGUUACUUAAAGAAAAUUCUGAUCUUUGUGCUCAAGAUAUCUCUGAGUUGGGCCAGACUGAUAUAAUUCGGCAUUGUAUUCCUACCCAAGAC